AUGAGCUUAGGGAAUAGCUUCGAAACUUUGACACCGGCGCCGGCAGGUUCCAUAACCAUCCCUGCAAAGGACGGUUUCCCUCUUGCUGCACGCUAUUACGGGCCCACUCUUCAUCCAGUUGCUGUCGUCGUCAUUGCUAGCGCCACUGGUCUACAUCAAUCAUUCUAUGCGUCAUUCUCUCGUUGGCUUUCUACCCAUGGAAUUCUCGUGUACACGUUUGACUACCGCUAUUUUGGCAUGUCUUUCCCCCCACCUUAUCAACCAUCUACGUUCACACCAGAGGAACGCCAUAAGGCUCUUCGGACCGCGCCGGCCGACAUUGACAUAUCAGAAACCAAAGAGCCCCAAAGGGAAGGAAAACCAUUGAUUGUCGUCGGACAUUCAUUGGGUGGACAGGUCAUGACUUUGCUCGAAGAAGAGUUCCCCAUCAUUACCCGAUUUCUCAACAUUUGUGGCGGUAAGUCGUUCGUGGGGAACCUGCAGGAGUUGUGUUUCUUACAUACCUCGGGUGGUGGUGGUGAUGAUGAUGAUAGGUCUUGCGUAUUAUGGAAACAAGCCGAAUCCUCGGCGCAACUGGCAGAGAUGGAAAAGAAGAUAGCUAAAUCACUUGAAACAGAUGGGGUCUUCCGGUGUCGAAGCCUCGGAAUGGGAUACGACAUUCCGUACGGGCCAGGUCGGCAGUGGCUUGAAUUUUAUCGUCAUCCUCUAUGUGUGGCUUCAUUACCUCAAAACGCAUCAACCAUGCGGAAAGUAAACAAACCAUAUUUAUAUGUUGGAUUUGACGACGACGCCACCAUGUCGAAGUAG